CAUUACACUGAACUACUACUAUUGCCACUCCCUGAGCGUGCGACAUUUCAACAUUUUUGUAGAUUUCUCACGCUCACACGGCAACUAGACAUACCCAUCCAAGCUCUCUAUCUGCUCAAUUAGCAGCCAUGGGAAGGCGAUAUAAUCCCAAUAUCAUCAUCACGGGAACACCCGGUACCGGCAAAUCAACCCAUGCGCAACACCUAAAAGAGUUGCUGCAAGAGCCCACCAGUAGCGAAGCACUCCCCCUCGAAGUCUUUCACAUCUCAGACCUCGUCAAGUCUGCAGACCUCCAUCAAGGCGCUGAUGCAGAAUGGAGCACGCUUCUCGUGGAUGAAGAUAAACUGCUCGAUUAUCUAGAACCGCGCGCAUUGGCAGAAUCUGGUGGUUGUGUAUUUGAUUGGCAUUGCUGCGACAUCUUUCCUGUACGGUGGAUAGAUCUGGUCAUUGUUUUACAAUGCGACCAUACACUUCUUUGGGAUCGUCUUCAAGCACGCGGAUAUGCACUCAAUAAAAUACAGGAAAAUAACGAAGCGGAAAUUAUGCAAGUUGUGCUAGACGAAGCGCGUGCGGCGUAUGCCGAAGAGAAGGUCGUUGUCUUGCAGAGCCAGUCUGUUGAAGAGAUUGAAGCAAAUGUUGAGAGAAUAGCAACUUGGAUACGGCAGUGGAAGGUGGAUCAUCCAGAGGGGAUUGACUAUGAUGAAGACAAUGAGGGGAGCAGCGCGCAAGAUGAUGACGAGGAAGCUUGAAAAGGACGCAUGUCAGCAACGGUAUUCUGCCUUACUCAAGGCUUGGCCCUAGCAACAUUCACUACAUGUCAAUCGGGCCGUCAAGUACUCUCACUUCAGACAGAUGAUUUGCA